AUGGCUGAAUGCUCUUACGACAAACAGAGCAUGUUAACCGAAUACAGGUGCAGCUUUGUAACUGCGAAAGAUCAUGCUGAUAAAACUCGUUCAAAAAAUUCACCCGGUGCUCAACUAAACUCGGGUUUGACUGGUAGUGAAGUAAAAGAAUUUUACGAGGAAAUUAUAAAUGAACCAAGCUUAUCGACUACUAGAAAGGUCAAAAGUAACAAAAAACGUAAGCGAACAACCCGUGAUAAACAGGAGUUAGUUACAUUAAACGAAAACCGAUGGGUAACAAUGUUACUGAAGUAUUCGUCGUCCGGCAAUUUGAAAGAAGUGCAAGAAUUGCUCGAUAAUGUGAAAGAUAGUAGAAAUUAUACAAAGUUGAUCAACGCACGUGAUUCUUACGGCUGGACAGCUUUAAUGUGUGCAGCGGCUGAAGGCCACCUUUCUGUUGUGAAAUAUUUAAUUAAGAAAGGCUGUGAGCAUAGAAAUGUUUGUGACACUUCCGGGAUAAAUGUUUUGAAUAUUUGUCAGAAACGACAGCAGUGGAAUAUUUUAAAUUAUUUGUACGGAUUAGAUGUUAAAAGUGAAAAAAGUGAUCCUGAUGAGAGUAGGUGUAAUGAUACAAUGCUCAGGUGUGAAUUGUGCAAAGUGGAAUAUCUUGAGAGUAAACAGAAACAACAUGAAUCCUCAAUGCUUCAUAUUUUUAAUGACAAAAAUAAAAAACCGAGCAACAUUUUGGGCCUGCCGGGACAUAACGUUGGUUAUAAAAUGAUGCUGCGUAGUGGAUGGACUAUUGAUAGAGGACUUGGACCUGACGGCACUGGUCGCAAAAACCCGAUUAAAACGAUACUAAAAAAAGACAGGGCUGGCUUGGGACUUAAAAAGAAGAUCGAAAGGGUCAGCCAUUUUGCAGCACAUGAUGAAGCAGCUGUAUCUGGUAGUGGUAAUCUUCAGAAUCGCUUGCAGAAAAAGUGUACUAUGAAAACAUACGAGAGAAAAAGAAAACGUGAAAAAAAUUGGGAACAGAACAUGAGAAGAUAUAUGUCGUCAAAUUAUGAAUAA